CCCAAUGUUGUGCGCAUCUCUCCGCAGCUGCAGCCGGAGCAGCUGGACUGUGGAGCAGCGCACCUUCAGCACCCCCUGGCCAUCGUGAGCCCCCUCACAGCAACGCCCAUCUUCACCUACAGCGGCCUGACAGCGGUGGCGGUGGCCAGCGUCAACAACUACACCGUGGUGUUCCUGGGCACUGCCAGCGGAGGACUCCUGAAGAUUAAUCUGGACAAUACCAUGAAGGUGGUUAGCAGGAGAUCCAUUUCAGUGGCUUAUGGAGAGCCUGUCCAUCCCAUCAUGCAGUUUGACCCUUCUGAUUCCACCUACCUCUAUCUGAUGACCUCCUACCAGAUGAUGCGGGUGAAGGUGGCUGCCUGCAACCAGUACUCGACGUGCACGGAGUGCCUGGCCGCUGCUGACGCUUACUGUGGGUGGUGCACAAUGGAGACCAGGUGUUCUUUGCAGCAUGAGUGCACGAACUUCACAGGGGCCAACUUCUGGGCGAGUGCAAGUGAAGGAGUGGAGCAGUGCCCUUCCAUGACCAUCUUGGAGCCUGAGAUUAAUAUCGACAAAGAGAACCCGGCCCUGAUAAUACAAAUAAAUGGGACUAUCCCGAACCUGAAUGGAACAAAUAUUUCAUGUGACUAUGGAAAUAAUAUCCACACAGUAGCCAGAGUUGCUGGAGAUUACGUAAACCAAUUUAUUUAUUGCAGUUUACUUCCACGUGAGAAAUAUCCCGUGUUUCCAGACGACCAAGACCACGUGGUCGUCGAAACUGCUCUCCGGGUCAACAGCAAAAACAUUAUCCGGGCCAAUUUCACCAUCUACGAUUGCAAAAGAACUGGAAACAUAUACCCGAAGAGAGCAUGCACCAGCUGCCUCUCAACCAGGUGGAAGUGUCAGUGGUGUCCCUCCACCUACACCUGUGUCUCCAACCGCUCACAGUGCGACGACGCGCUGCGGAUGAAGAAGAAAAUCGACUGCCCGCGAAUUGUACCUGCCUCGUUGGACCCAAUGCCCACAGGGGUAUCUCGGGACAUUACGAUCUCACUGGCUAACGCAACUUUUCCAAAGGAGACAGCUCUGGAGUGCCAUUUUGGGACGGACAGAACAUUCGAAGCCCGAUGGGUGAACUCCUCCGCCGUGGAGUGCCUACAUGUGCUGCUCCACACAUCAGAAAAAAGCCAUCUUUUCCCAGUGAACCUUCAGCUGAAGGACAGACCAGACAGAUUUAUUGACAGUCCAGAGACGAUGACAGUGGAGGUGUACAACUGUGCGACUGGGAGUGUGGACUGUUCACAGUGCCUGGGGAGGGAGGACCUGGGGCAUCGCUGCAUCUGGAGCGAGAGCAGCUCCAGCUGCAGGCUGCACAGCGAGCCCCCCCACAUCUCGGACGUUUGCCCAGCUCCGGAGAUUAAGAAGAUUGAGCCGCUGCGCGGGCCGCUGGAGGGGGGCACCUUGCUGACCAUCCGCGGGAGGAACCUGGGCCGACGCUUCAGCGACAUACUCGGCGCCGUCAGGAUCGGCAGCGUGCAGUGCGCGCCGCUGCCUGACAGAUACGUCGUCUCCGAGAUGAUUGUGUGUCAGACCGGGGAGGCUCAGGAGACGUUUUCUGAUGUGGUGACGGUUAACGUGAGCCGGGAAGGGAAGUCCAGGGAGCGAUACUCCUACGUGCUUCCCUUGGUGCAGUCCAUAGCUCCCCUGAAUGGUCCGAAGGCUGGAGGAACCAGAGUGACCAUCAGAGGCAGCAGACUGGAUGUUGGCUCUGAGCUCCGCGUCCUCGUCAACACCUCCAAGCAGUGCACUGACCUCAGCCGCAACGACAGCACCAUCACCUGCACCAUGCCGUCGGCAGACAUCACCACGGCCGUGCGGGUCUGUGUCCAGUUCGAGAACAAGUCUUGUGCCAGCUACAACAUCACGUUCAAGUAUGAGAAGAACCCGAUUAUAUCAGACAUCAACCCCAAAAAGAGCCAGAUCAGCGGAGGCAGGAUCAUCACCUUGGAAGGAAGAGGCUUUGAGCUGGUCCAGAAUGUGUCCAUGGUGGUCCGUGGCAUUGGCAGAGAGCCAACGAGCUGUAAGGUUCACACCGACACUGUGAUCACCUGCCCCUCCCCGGCUGCCUCCAACAUCACCGUGGGGAGCAAGCCUGCACCCGUUGAUUUCUAUCUCAAUGGCCGGCUCUACGCAGAUGACCGUCCGGCUCUGGAUGAGGAGAUGUACCCUGAGGAGGUCUUGCACAUCAGCAAGUUCAGCCUGGAGUACUAUGCCGACCCCCAGUUCUUCACAGCCAAGAAGGAGAAGUGGAUCAAGCACCAUCCUGGCGAGCCCUUAACUCUGGUUAUACACAAAGAGCCGGACAGCCUGGGCCUGGAAAGCAAUGAGUACCAAGUGAAAAUUGGCCUCAUCUCAUGCGAGAUCCAGAUUGUUUCGGACAAAGUCAUCCACUGCUCUGUCAAUGAGUCGCUGAGCACUUCGGAAAGACAGUUACCGGUGACGAUCCAAGUUGGAAAGUUCAACUACACGAUUGCGAUGCUGCACCUUGGGGGAGGAGAGACCGCAAUCAUCGUCUCCAUUGUCAUCUGCAGCAUCUUGCUGGUCCUCUCCGUCGUAGCUCUCUUUGUGUUUUGCACAAAGAGCCGCAGAGCAGAGCGCUACUGGCAGAAAACCCUGCUCCAGAUGGAGGAGAUGGAGUCGCAGAUCCGGGAGGAAAUCCGCAAAGGUUUUGCGGAACUGCAGACAGACAUGACAGACCUGACCAAGGAGUUAAACCGCAGCCAGGGGAUCCCAUUCCUGGAGUACAAGCACUUUGUCACCCGGACUUUCUUCCCCAAAUGUUCCUCGCUCUACGAGGAGUGCUACAUCCUGCCAUCCCAGCAGCUCAGCUCCCAGGUGGGCUCCCAGGUCCAGGAAACUCAUCCACUGCUGGUGGGGGAAUGGAAAAUCCCUGAAAACUGCAGACCAAACAUGGAAGAAGGAAUCUCACUGUUCUCCACCCUGCUCAACAACAAGCACUUUCUCAUCGUGUUUGUCCACGCUCUCGAGCAACAGAAGGACUUUGCUGUUCGAGACAGAUGUAACCUUGCCUCCCUGCUUACAAUUGCGUUGCAUGGGAAACUGGAGUAUUACACCAGCAUCAUGAAGGACCUCUUGGUGGACCUAAUAGAUGCUUCAGCUUCCAAAAACCCCAAGCUGAUGCUGAGGAGAACGGAAUCUGUGGUGGAGAAGAUGCUCACCAACUGGAUGUCCAUCUGCAUGUACAGCUAUCUCAGACUCCGAAAACUUCUGAGCAGCCUCGGAGAGAUGCUGGUGGGAGGAGACGGUCGGAGAUUUUUUUUCUGUGCGAUCAAACAGCAGAUUAACAAAGGGUCCAUCGAUGCCAUUACGGGGAAAGCCAGGUACACCCUCAACGAGGAGUGGCUGCUGAGGGAGAACAUUGAGGCAAAGCCAAGGAACCUCAACGUCUCCUUCCAAGGGUGUGGGAUGGACUCCCUGAGUGUCAGAGCCAUGGACACAGACACACUCAGCCAAGUGAAGGAGAAGAUUCUGGAGGCCUUCUGCAAGAAUGUCCCCUACUCCCAGUGGCCAAGGGUGGAAGACGUUGACCUUGAGUGGUUCGCCACCAGCACCGACAGCUACAUCCUCCGGGACCUUGAUGACACCUCGGUGGUGGAGGACGGCAGGAAGAAACUCAACACGUUGGCCCAUUACAAGAUCCCUGAAGGAGCGUCACUGGCCAUGAGUUUGUCAGACAAGAAGGACACCACGCUGAGCAGAGUGAAGGAUUUGGACACCGAAAAGUACUUCCACUUGGUUCUCCCAACCGAUGAGUCGGUUGAACACAAGAAGUCCCACAGACAGAGCCAUAGGAAGAAAGUCCUACCGGAGAUCUACCUGACCAGGCUACUCUCUACAAAGGGCACGCUGCAGAAGUUCCUGGAUGACUUGUUCAAAGCCAUUCUCAGUAUCCGAGAUGAUAAACCACCUGUGGCCGUGAAGUAUUUCUUUGACUUCCUAGAGGAACAAGCAGAGAAAAGAGGGAUCACAGACCCCGACACUAUGCACAUCUGGAAGACCAACAG